UCAAGGGAAAAGAGCAGGUAGGAAGUGAAAAUUCUCGUGAAGUGCGAUUUUUCACCGCUUUUGUUUCUCUCUCUCUCAACCUUCUUCUCGUGCCCUAACCUUUUUUUUGUUGACUCCAACUCCAGCUUCAUCAUCUCUCUCUCGUCACCAUCCCUCCUUCAAAUCCUAGAUUUCCAUCCUACUUUUCUGUGCCUCUCACAGCAUUUUGGUUUUUCUCAUUCUUCUUUUAUCUACAUUUUUCUCCUCUUGUGGGCAGAUAAUCGAUUUCGAUUCAGCGUAAAUCGGUGGUUUUGAACUCGUUUCAGUUUGUAUUUAGAUGCUGGUUUCUGGCUUUUAGUUUUGAUUGAAUCUUACAUUCGAAUUAGCUCAGCUUGGGAGCUUUACCGGAUGCUGAUUCGUGUUAAGAAUGUAAUUGUUUUUUAACGUGCUUUGCAUGGUAUGUACUGAGUUAAAACUGCAAGGGCCUUUCAGAUCCUGGAUUCGGUAUGAUUGAAGACAACCUGAGGACAAAUGCAUUUUGUUUUUCGACUUCGGUGCUCCCUUAUCUUCAAAGAGCUUCAUUAGAGAUGGGCUAGUAUGAACUUGCAAGACUAUAAUCCACCGUUUUGGUGUUCCUUUACUUUGUCCUGAUGGAGUCACCUCGACUGAUGGCUCUGUCUCCUGGUACUUGCGAAAUUGUUGAAUCUGUAGAAGAGCCAGAUUCUGUUCAAUGCUCCAGAGGAGGUAACCCAUCAAGCUCUGGAUUGAUAAUCAAUGAAAAGGCUGGAAAUAAACCCAUGUUGAAUAGUAGGUGCAAUUAUUCUGUGGAGGAUGAUCUUAAUCGAAUUUUUGAGGCAAUUGACCUUAGAGCCUCAUCAAAGGGUUUGGGUCUGUCGCUUCAAAAAGGUACAGGUCCUUCACAUAGGAAUGCCUUAAAAAAACCAGUUAGAGUUGGUGUGACUAGAGCAUCAGGAAUUGGAAUUUCAGAGCCUGUGUCUUUGAAACAAGCACUAAGGGGCUUAUGCCUUUCUCAGAAAGCAGAAUUGGCUGCUAUGAAGCGGUUAACUAACCCAGCAUCUGUGACUUCUGAAGCUGGAACUAUCAAGAAGUUGUACAGAGCAGUUGUAGUUGAGGCUUGUGAAUCUGGUUUUCCCUUGGAUGAAGGAAAAGGGAGUUUGGUAGAAAUUUCUCUUGUACCAGAGAAAAGUGCAUUGCAUUCCUCCGAGAAGGUAACUGAACUGCUGCAAAAGCUGAGGACAAAAGCAUUGGACAAAACUGCACAUGGUUCACCUCGAUCUGUAGUUGCAACCACGGCAAAAGUAACAGUGAGCCAAAUAUUGGCCCAAGAUGAGACUGUUCCUGAACCAAUGGAAGUUGGAGAUAGAACUUCAAAGAAAGAGAUGGAUCAGAAAGAAAAGGUAAAAACAAUACCUUCUUUAUCCAGCUCUAGUACUGGUAAUAAAGUUUCAGCAUUGGAUGAGAUUCUUCCUGUCUCAAAAAAGGUUGGUAGCAAAUUGUCAACCCCAGAGCUGAGGCAGAAGGACAAACAAAAACCAGAUUCUUCUUUAUCUAGUUCUAGUGCUGGGAGUAAAAUAAGCAACUCCAAUAGCACCAGUCCACGUUUAGUCAUCAAGCCAGUCUUCAGGAAUAGGAACUUUGUUAGGAAGAAAGGGAAACAAGUUACAGCUGCUUCAUCCAGCACAUCUGGGACAUGCAAUGAAUUUGAUAGUGACAUGGGUCCUAGUACAGGUAAAUUGGUUUGCAGGACUCAAAAUUCUGCUCAGAAGAAUGCAAGCAAAGAAUCUGCUUCUCCAGUAUCCAGCAGUACCAGUGUCAGCAUUGAAGUCAGUUCGGGUAACAUGGACUUUAGUGCAAAGAAACCAGGUUUAAGUUCAAAUAGCCGUAACAGAAACAGAAUUGUUGGUGCAGAAGAUAAUGAGAACUCAAGGUCAAGAGGGAAGGGGGAAUUCUCUCAAAGUUCAAAAAGUAGCAUUGGUGAGUACAGUAGUAGCACCAGCAUCAGUGAUGAGAGCAAUUUGAGUGGUUCUAGUUGUGUAGGCAAUAGGCCUCACAUGUCAAAAGACAUUAGAUGGGAGGCCAUCCGCCAUGUUCAGAUGCAGUAUGGGAGCUUAGGGUUAAGGCACUUCAAGCUGCAUAAGAGGCUUGGUUGUGGGGAUAUUGGGACAGUUUAUCUUGCUGAGCUAAUUGGUACAAACUGCCUAUUUGCUUUGAAGGUUAUGGAUAACGAGUUUCUGGAGAGCAGGAAGAAGAUGCCCAGAGCUCAAACUGAAAGAGAAAUAUUGCAAAUGCUAGAUCAUCCUUUUCUACCUACUUUGUAUUCUCAUUUUACAACAGAUAAACUCUCAUGCUUAGUUAUGGAGUAUUGUCCAGGCGGGGAUCUGCAUGUUCUCCGACAGAGGCAACCAACCAGGACUUUCUCUGAACCAGCAGCCAGGUUCUAUGUUGCCGAAGUUCUCCUUGCAUUGGAGUAUCUACACAUGCUUGGGGUUAUAUACCGAGAUCUUAAACCAGAAAACAUUCUGGUUCGAGAAGAUGGUCAUAUCAUGCUCUCAGAUUUCGAUUUGUCAUUGAGAUGUGCAGUGAAUCCUACUCUUCUUACAUCCUCGUCAUCAAUCAUGGAGCCCACAAAAAACUUUUCAGGUCCAUGUGCAGAAUCCCCUUGUAUAGAUCCUUUCUGUCUCCAGCCAUCCUGGGCGCAGGUUUCAUGCUUUUCACCGAGGCUUAUAUCUGCUACGGCGAAGACCCGGAAACUAAAAUCCGACUUGGCAGCACAGGUGAGCCCUCUGCCACAGCUUGUGGCAGAGCCAACCACUGCCCGGUCCAACUCCUUUGUUGGGACCCAUGAGUACUUAGCUCCUGAGAUCAUCAAAGGAGAGGGUCAUGGGAGUGCUGUGGAUUGGUGGACAUUUGGGAUCUUUCUUUACGAGCUCAUAUUUGGUAAAACACCCUUCAAGGGCCUGGGAAAUGAGGAGACUUUAGCGAAUGUGGUGAUACAGAGCCUCAAGUUUCCUGAAAGCCCAAUGGUCAGUUUUCAGGCAAAAGAUCUGAUCAGAGGGCUGUUGGUAAAGGAUCCAGAGAAUCGGUUGGGGUCAGAGAGAGGGGCGGCAGAGAUUAAGCAACAUCCAUUCUUUGAGGGCCUGAACUGGGCAUUAAUACGGUGUGCCAUCCCACCGGAGCUGCCAAAGUUUUGUGAUCUCGGAGUUCCAUUUAUGCUUUCCCAGGAGAGUAAACGUUUGGAGUUCAAGUCUACAGGAGGGCAUCUGGAGUUCGAACUGUUCUAGCAUGUGAUCUCUCUUCUGUGGGGACCUGUUUAAUUUGCAGGGUCCCCAUUAAAAUGCUCCUUGUUGUAAUUGAUAAAUGAUAAUGUAGCUCAUACCUCAGUGUAAAUGUAGCCUCACAGAAUUGGCAGGAAGCAUUGCGUGCCGUGUAUGAUAAAAGUUAGGCAUAGAAGGGGGGAAAUUUUUAAAAGGAAGCGAUACAUCUUUUUCCUUCUCAGUUUUGAGUCCUGAGUGCUUGCAGAAACGCAAUGAAUAGAUUUUGCCACCCUCCA